AUGGAGUUAUUGAAGCCUCUCCCACGGCUACCUGCAAGGACGCAUAGUCGUCUGGGUCGUUCAAAUUCGCGCUACAGCACACGGAGCCGAUACUACCCUACGGCCGACUUGCUCGACUGCUAUAUUGAGAUUGAGGACACUGAACCUUUCGCCGAGCCAUCAACUCACGCCCGGCCACCACGGUCCAAUGCCGCUAGGAGCAUUCCCGGACGCUUUAAUACACGGAGGGACAUGAUUCAGAGGCCGAGCGUGCAGACAAGCAUACUUCAAAGGCCAAUCACACGGAAAGCCGUACCGCAAAGGUCGAACACGCAGAGGAGCAGAUGGACGUGGAUCGAACCUCUAGACAACAUCCUGAAAGAACCUGAUAUUUGGGACAAUCCUUUCGAGGGAAUAUGCCCAGAAAGUGCCAGUUCAGAUUCCUUUGUAACAGAUCAGACGCUCUUACCGGGGCGCGACCCGACCUUUGAAGUUACAUGGGCCGAGGAUGGCUCUGACAUGCCCCGGAAGUGGCCGGCCUGGUAUCGCGCCAUCAGCCUGGCAUUCAUCUCGUUUGCGACGCUCGUAGUAAUCAUGGCGUCAACCGCAUACGCCAUUGGCAUUCCGGGCAUGGCAAAAGAUUUCGGCAUAGAGAACAGAACCGCCCUCACGCUUGGCGUCUCAACCUAUCUAUUCGGACUUUCUCUAGGGCCGCUCGUUCUAGCUCCGAUGAGUGAGAUGCAUGGACGGCGCCCGGUCUACAUCGCGUCAUUAUUCUCAUUUGCGAUCCUUCUCAUCCCUUCAGCGGUGGCGCCGAACCUGGCCACUAUCCUCAUCACGAGGUUCAUGGCCGCGUUCACGGGAUCGGUCGUAAUGUCUAGCGCCCCCGGGACACUGAACGAACUCGCCGACGAGGACACGAAAACGGUGUAUUUUUCAGUGUGGAUUCUUGGGGCUGUCAACGGGCCGGUCGUGGGCCCAGUCUUUGCUGGAAUCAUCUUUCAAUAUGCUGGCUGGCGGUGGAUUCAUUGGUUUCUCGUCAUCCUCGCCUUCACCUCCUGUGCCGUUGUGGCAACAAUCCCGGAAACACAUGGCGCCGUCAUUUUACGCCGGCGAUGCGAAGCCCUGAAAAAGAUUGAUGACAGAUACUGGUGUGCCCACAGCCAGACUAUGGUAUUCUCAGAGCGUCUCAAAACGAGCUUGAGCAGGCCACUUGCUAUGGCCUUUACAGAGCCCAUCUGUCUUUUCUGGGACUUCUUCGUUGCCAUUAUAUACGCCAUUCUCUACCUCUGCAUAGUUGGGUAUCCCAUUGUCUUUUCUCAGAUUCGCGGCUGGCCUCCAGCUGUAGCCAAUCUCCCCCUGAUUUCCUUUGGAUUCGGGGCCGUCAUUGCCAUCUUGGCGGAUCCGCGGCUUCGGCGCCUGAUGAGGGCCAUCAGCUCCCCGGAGGCGAAGGCCAGCCCGGAUGCCACGCUGCCCAUCAUUAUCGCAGCAAGCAUACUGCUCCCGAUCGGACAGCUGCUCUUCGCUGUCUCGGCGCCGCCGCCCAACUCGGCCGUCGUCCCCAUCCUCGCUGGUGUGCCGUUGGGUAUUGGCAACAUGUUGGUCUUUCUCUACGUCACCAACUAUCUGGCUGUAUCAUAUGGCAAACACGCAGCAAACGCACUGGCCGGCCAUGCAUCCAUGCGAUACUUUUUCGCUGGCGCAUUGCCACUGCUGGCGCCGGUUGCGUAUAAUCGGUUGGGACCACUGAUCAUUGGACUGGUGUUGAUGGGCAUUUUAUCCACUCUUGUCAUCAUUCCGGUGAUAUUCUUAAAAUGGGGUGAUAAGUUGAAAGCACGGAGUAAAUUAAUAGGUCCGACUAUGAUGGGUUGA